UGAUAAUUGAAACAGACAGGUCGGUCAACCGUCACGCAAUGCAAAUCGGUCUGUUGCGUCCUUGGAUUAGGUUCCCUGGCGUUGCUAUAUAAACGCCGUGAUCAGAACACCGCUCAUAAUAUAACCGCUGCGACAGACGCAAUAUCUUCUCCACUCAAGAAGCAAGCGACAUUGACGAUGAAGACAUUCUCUGUGCUUGUGGUACUACUAGCGGCAGUGGUCGCCUGUUAUACCCAGUGUCCAGACAUUGACUUGAGCAAGGACUGCUAUAACCUGCUGAUAAAGUAUGGAGUUAACCCUAUGUGUCCCUACUGCAGAGAAGACAGAUGUCCAGAGAAGUACAGUCCAGUGUAUGAAUAUGACGGAUGUGAAGUGAUGUGUCCCUCCAUUUGGCACUUUCCUAGACUGGACUGCGGUCAGAGAAAUUGUUGGGACGCUCAAGGAUCGGAGGGUAUAUGCAGACCUGAUAAAUGCGUUAAGAGGAAGGUCCUUCUCCUAUGCAACUAUUCUCGGGAACUUGUUGUAAAGGAAGUGUGCAUCUCCCAUUGCUGUUCUUGUUACGCAAUUAAGGGCUGA